CCGCAACCCACUUUCACUUUCUUUUUCUUUCUCCAUCACCAUGUCUUUUGCCCUCCGUAGAUUCCCCAAGACCGCCGCCCUCAGACGUGCUUCCGCCGUCCCGAAGCAGUCGACGCGUCUCCCAUCCUUCCGUGCAUACUCUACCGAGGGCGCCAACGCGAAGCCCAAGUCCAACAACGCCGCUCUUUACGGUAUCGCAGCUGCCAUCGCAGGCGGUGGUGCCUUUUACCUCUUCUCUGGCUCGGACGAUGCGUCCACUGUCGCCAAGGGUGCCGUUCAGGUCGCUAAGGCUGGGGUUGGUUUUGUGCCCUCCAAGGCUGACUACCAGAAGGUCUACAACCGGAUUGCUGAGAUCAUCGACGAUGCUGGUGAAUACGACGACGGCUCCUAUGGCCCCGUCCUCCUCCGUCUCGCAUGGCAUGCGUCAGGUACCUACGAUAAGGAGACCGGUACUGGCGGCAGCAACUAUGCCACGAUGCGCUUUGAGCCCGAGGCCCUGCAUGGUGCCAACAACGGCCUGAACCUUGCCCGCGGCCUCAUGGAGAAGGUCAAGCAGGAGUUCUCCUGGAUCAGCUACGGUGAUCUGUGGACGCUCGGUGGUGUCGUCGCUGUCCAGGAGAUGGGUGGCCCCAAGAUCCCCUGGCGUCCUGGACGCAUUGAUGGUUUCGCUAAGGAUGCUACUCCGGAUGGCCGUCUCCCCGAUGCCAGCCAGGGAUCUUCUCACGUUCGCAAUAUCUUCUACCGCAUGGGCUUCAAUGACCAGGAGAUCGUAGCAUUGGUUGGCGCUCAUGCUCUUGGUCGCUGCCACACCUCUCGCUCCGGUUACGAGGGCCCUUGGACUUUCUCCCCGACUACGUUCACUAACGACUUCUACAAGCUCCUCUUUGACGAGACGUGGGUGUGGAAGAAAUGGUCUGGCCCUAAGCAGCUUGAGGAUAAGAAGACGAAGAGCCUCAUGAUGCUUCCCACCGACUACGUGAUGGUCUCGGACAAGAGCUUCAAGAAGUACGCCAAGGCUUACGCUGAAGACAACGAUUUGUUCUUCAAGGACUUCUCGGCCGCCUUCAGCCGUCUGCUUGAGCUCGGCGUACCCACCGCUCAGUUCACCAGCAGUGCCCCAUGGGAGAUGGGCAAUGCCGACGAACAGAAGUAAACGCGCUCGGAUUGCAAUGCUGAAAUCUAGAUUUAGAUGCGGAACUUAGACGUCUAGACAUAGAAGUUGGCGCGUCGGCGUCGGCUUAGAAUAAGCUAAAACGUCACUUAGUAGCUCACCAAGCGUGCGGAAUAAUUGGAAUGCGG